UUUCGGUUUUUGGCAUGCUCGCUGUAAGUUGUCCACUUGCUGAUCAUGUUUUGGCCAAAGAAACAAUAUCGAAGCUCUGUUAGCCUCUGCCUCCCUCUGCUGCUCUGUCUGCUGCACAAUACUCAAAAUGCAUCCACCUUUAUAGUGCCAUCACAACUGCCGACCUUGUUGUCAUUAGUGUUCUCCAAUAUACCACCGAUUAAAAAGGGAACUGAUUCACGUCUGGGCUUUGGUUUUCGUCUGGGAGAUAAUGCGGAUUUCCAAAUGCUUGUGGAGUUGGGGCCGCAGAAGGAAACACGUCCCAUUGGUGAUCCCAGCAAAGACGAUCAAUCCUUCAAUAAGCGUCAGGUGAGCGCAGAUGAUAAGAGGGCACUGCUGCGUCAACAAUUUCGACAACAACUACAACAGGAGGCUGAAAUGUUAAUGACCUCGACAGAACGUAAUGCAGCCACUUGGCUGGAGAGUUGGUCUAAUGGCAUGAAACCUCAAAAAACGAAAACUAAAUCCGUCAAAGUAAAUCCACAGCCAAGUUUGCAAGGGCAACCAACAUCCAUAGAACAGUUGCAAUUGCUUUACAAAUUGGCCACAACAUCAACUUCGUCAUCCACAACGACCUCAACCACACCAGCUCCGAGUCCUGACCCGGCAUUUGGUUUGAAAUUGGGUGGCUCCAGUGGGUUCAAACUGCCCCCACCUGCUCUCCUUCAGGACACGAACACAUUGAGUCAGGGCAGUGGUACGGCGAAAUCAAGAGCAGAGAUCACCAAGGAACUAAUGGAUGUUAGUUUGGAAACCGAAUCUUAGGUUGUGAAAUGUGUGCAGUCCUCAUUUAAUUGGUAGUUGCUUUGUAAAUAUAUUCAAAUUUUUGUACUAAUAAAUAGGAGUGAUUUUUAUAUUAA